AAUGAAAUCAAUCAUCAUUUUGGUUUUGGUUGCCACAGCCUUUGCUACAAAUUUAGCUGCUUUUGAAAAACUCGAAAAGAGCAAACUUGGAAAAACAUUGUUGAACACAAUCGCCAUCCAAAUGCAAACAGGUGAACCACUUGAAAGAAUCUUCUAAACCCUCUAUGAUUUGGAAGACAGAUACUAAAACGAUUAAAGAGAAGAUGAUGCUGAAAACAAGGCAUUCUAAGGUGUCUGUGAUGCUGAUCUUGCUGGACUCAACUAAGAACUCGCCAAUCUUGAAUAAAGAGAUACAGAAUUAUAAGCAACACUUGAUGAACUCCAACCAGUCCAUGACUAAAAGGUCGGAUAAAGAGUUGCCAAAUUAGCUGAGAAGGCCCUCCUUUAAAAAGUUAUCGAUGAAACCACAGCCAAGAGAUAAGAAGAAAAUGAUGACUUUGAAGCUUAAAGAGAAGAAUUCACAUUCGUCUCAGGUGUUCUUGCUGAAGCUAGAAGACUCUUCACAGACAACUUAUAAGCCCCAGCUUUCUUAUAAAAGGGAGCUAGCGAAGCUGUCCACUAUACCCCAUAAGUCUUUGCUUAAGUUGCUUCACAUUUGAACGCUGCUGCUCACAAGGCUGGAUAAAUGAAACACAUUAGAACCUUCGGAAAAGCCAUCAAACUUAUGGCUUAAUUGGCUGUCAAAGCUUAAUAAUAUGCCAACUAAGAAUUAACAGGAAGAAUCAUUCAAUUGAUCGAUGACUUAUAAAACUAAUUAUAAUAAGCUUUCGAUUUGGCCAGAAAGACUGAAGAUUCAAGAAGAUAAGCCUUUGAAGCUUACAAUACCCUCUUAAACAGAGAUAUGAAUAAGCUCAACUCAGCUAUUGCUAACUUAGAAGCUGAAAUCUAAUCAUUGGCUGAUUAACUCGCUGCCACCCACAGCUCAUAAGAUGACAACACCGCCAGACAUGUUGCCAAGACCCAAUAAAGAGAUGACAGAAGAGCUGAAUGCUAAUAAGCUGCUUAUGAAUACUAAUAAAGAAGAUCUGCCAGAGAUGGAGACAGAUAAACUGUUUCUGACUUGAUUGGUCAUUUGAACACCAACAUGAGAGAUUUGAAAGAAUACAUUGCUAUGAGAGUUGCUGCUGGUGAUACUGAUUUAAGCCAAUGAGU